UAAGUUUUUUGAUCACCAUACUGUAAAAUUCAGUUUUUAGUGAAAACGCGUUUUCACUGCGGAGAUACGGGAAACGAGAUUUAACUUGGGAAAAUGCGUUUUCAUUAAAAACGGGUAUAACGAUGACAUAAUACACUUAUACAGGGUGACCAUAGCCAUUGGACAAACCCUGAAAUCCCACGUAGGGUGACUUCUCAGGAAUGCCCUGACGUUACUAUUUUUUUAAUUAGAACAAAAGAUAAAAAAUAUUUUUUUCGUCCAAAAGUUAUUUGCAAUAAUCGACAACAAAAAGAAACACACUGUGUUAAUCUUUGGCAGUGUUUUUGACAAUUUGUUCGAAAUAUUUGAUAAAGACCACGUUUUUCAAAAGUCAGAAGCUUAUUAGUGUCCUAAAUAAAAAAGAUAAUCAAAAAGGUCGAAGAAGGUUCCAUCCUAUUCUUUAAGGUAUUACCUUAGGAGCUACUAACACAUACAGGCUGCUCCAAAGUAAAAAAUGGUAAUUUGUUAAUUUCUUCGAAACCGCUACACCGGUUGUUAUGAUACUUUGUACACUGGUUCUAAAUACCCUAAUGCAUAUGUACAUUUCGGCUUUGUCCAAUGGCUAGGGACACACUGUAUAAUACCUUCAUAGCCGUAGUUGUUAACCGGUUUCCUUGCGAUGUUUUUCCUUCACCAAAAAGCAAUUCGUAAAUUUUAAGAAUUGAUGUUAUCAGUAAAAUUUAAACAUCAUUUUUCUUUCAUCUUUACAAACAUACAAAACCCUAGUAAAUCCCCAGAACCAUUUCAGCAUUAUAUUGCUGUACUAAACAGGGCGUAAGUUUCUUCUUCAAAAGAUGGCACUUAAGACGUUUUCAAAUAUAUUUAUUAACUACAAAAAGUCGCAAACGUCUUCGUCAAAAGAUGUCGCUUAAGGCGUUUCUAAAUACCCCUAUUCAGGGGUUAAUAACCCGUGGUCUAACUCAGAUUUAUAGUUCUAAUAACUGUGGUAUAUGACGCGUUGUGCGUGUGAGUUAUUGGUAGCGGGUUCGUUCGGUUGAGGACAACAUAUUGUGAUUCAGAGAUUGGGCGACAAAUUUUAUAUUUAUAAGUCAAUAGGUAUACUUAAUUGAGUUAAUUGUUAUUGUAGACUGGAGAAGGUGGUUUUGUUUUACCUAAAAUACAGCAGAAAUAGUAUUUUUAUUGCUCACCGCUAUCAAUAGAAACGUCACAUAAAAUUAUUACAAAUUAUAUGCGUAGUUGCGGUCAAAAAUGUGAAAUGAACGCGCGACGCGAGAACGGCAGCUAACACGUAACACGUUCGAUCGGAUUGGCUUGUUCGACCGGCGAACCCUAACCUCGCUCUGCUCCGCCCCCUGCCCCGCCUUCACCCCCGCAUAUUGAACGAUCGACGCGACGCCAACUGCCAUCUCAGUUUAGUCUGCGCCCAGCGCUGUUUCAUGGUGGACCUGCGUUUCUACGCCCUGUUGUCUUAUUACGGACUAAUUAGGUUAGAACAAGACUAAAAUGAAUUAUACAAAAAAAGUUCAACUAACUCAUAUGGAUCAAAUGGUAAAAGACGCGCAUUUGGUUGAUUUGCGAAUGAAACUAAAGAUGGCAGAACAAAUAUCAAAGUUUACCAAAAUGCCUAUAAAAUUGACCGUUGCCCCUAAUGCUGCUCUUCUCGAUAUAAAUGAAAACAUUUAUAAUAAACUCAGUGAUCGAGUAGAAACUAUGAAGACCCGGGAAUUUAAACAUCUUCGGAAAUUUUACCUGCAGAAGCAAAUGUUAGUCAACGAAGAUCAGAACAAAUUUUCUUACAUGGACAUCAGAGAAUUCCUAAUAGAACACUACGUUGAGAAACAAGAAAUCCCCACAAUGGAAAAACUCAUUGUCGAUCUGGAACUCAAAACUAUAUGUUGUGACAGCGAUACUCUUAAUUAUUAUCUCAAAAAUCACGGAUUUAUUUGGAGAAACCUCCCAGGAACGAAAAAAAACCUCCUUAUUGAGCGUCCGAAAAGAGUCGCAGAUAGAUAUAGAUAUUUCAAAAAGUUAAAACAAUAUAGAUCAGAGAACAGAGACGUAGUUUAUAUAGAAGAAUUUUAUAACAAUAUUUACCCCAACCAUGAGAACAUUCCCAAAAAACAAGUUCGUAAAUGGUGCAUUGCAGCAAUUACAGAAAACUCGUUAAUUAAAGCGGGGACAUAUAUGUAUCCGACAGUUCCAGGAGUCGAUUUGUAUGUGUGGCUUAAAGAUGAAUUGAUGCCGUUGCUGCCGAAGAACUCAGUCGUGGUAGUUGAAGAAAAGACAAAUAAAGAAGUGGAUGAUUAUCAGUUUCCUAAUGCAUUUAACAGCAAGGAUGAAAUAAAAGAUUGGUUAUACGUAAAUAACGUUCCUUUUGCAGAAAAUAUGCAUAAAGCUGAAUUAAUGACACUCGUGGAUAAAUUCACGAAAGAAAGAGGAGUAAUUUUGGAAGAGAUUUUAAAGUCGCACGGACACGAAGUGUUGCGUAAACAAAAAGGCUUCCCAAAUUUAAGUGUGAUUGCACCUUUAACAAAACAUAUGCAAGAUAUUUAUAAGAAAGCACUAGAAGGUGGAUCCAAAGGAAAGGAUGGAGGAAGAUUAAUCGAUGCCUUAAAAGGUUGCACUGUUGAACAAUGGAAAAAGAUGUUUGACGCCGUUAAAGUGGAGGAAGACAGGAUUCUCCGUGAAGAUCUUUUACUGGAAGAAAUAAUAGAUAAAUUGAUUACUAUGAUUUCACAGGAGGGUUUGGAGAAAAACCAGUGUUUAGAUAAUUUUGAACAAGACCUAGACUAUUAUGUUUUCGAGAAAAAGCUCAUAAAUUAUAACAAAACCGGUUAUCGAUGUGUAGUUUCACAUAGAAAUAUAAUAUAAGAAACUAUUUUUUUAUGUUCAUUUUUUAUGUUUUUAUAAUUCACUCCGAUACAAAUAUACAGUGUGCGCGCUUUAGGUAUUGACAGCCUCUUAAGACCCGUUACAAACUAAAUAAAUAAACCUAAAUAUACACCGUGUUUUUUUUUCGUUAAUUUCAAGGAUGCAUUCCUUCAGCUUAAAUUAAGUAACUUUCUCAAUGACACCGGUAUUCUAAUUAACUCCAUCUCAGAGAUAAUCAAUCAUUUAUUUUCAUCUUAAAGGGCCCUUACGAGCUUAUACACUUGCCUUACGAGCCUGUUUAUGUGUUGAUUAGUGUUUAGUACGAGUUGAAUACUUUUGCUCUUAAUCAUAAGUACUAUCUCGGACGAUUGUUGUUCGAAAUGACAUUGAUAUGUCACAAUUUUCAAUUGUUUAGUUGAAUUAAAUGUUAUGCCCGUGUUACAACAACCCCAUAUGCAACAUUUAAUUACUUUUUAUAAAAAAAAAAAAUAUUUCUUAUAUUUGAAAAUUAACUAUGACAUUUAAUUUCCUUAAACAUACUUACCCCGGCGUUAACAGAAUUCAAUAAAAAUACGCUGUAUAGUUUAAUUAGUAUCUCAUGUUUUUCUUGAUAUUGGUCAGCAAUAAAGAAUACCUAUUUGUAUUGUAUUUUAUUGUACCUUGUCUGAAUUUAUAAGGCUAAGCGAUACAAACACUUUGUUCCUUAUAGUUAUCAAAGAUAACUCUGUCCAAAAGCCUGAUUUUAAACCUAAAAUGUCGUUAACGUUAUAUGCUUUAAUAACAAUAUUUAUUAUUACUGGAUGAAAAUCGGACCUUAUUUGUGCAAAAUCUCUUCUAUAAACUGACUUGCCGAUGCAAAGUUACAGAAAGAGAAUAAAAUAAAUGAAAUAUUCUUAGACCUAUUACAAUUUAAUGGUUUCCAAAUCCGUGUCUUUACCGGGCUAUUAGGCUAAAGUGUAGUUUGCUUUCCUCUUAAAAGACCUUUCCUGUCACAAGAGACAACACCCUUAAAAGUCUUAAGAGGCUGUCAACACCCAAUGUCCUUGAAAUUGAUGUUACUUAAACAGUUUUUUAAGAAAAACUAUUUGUUUUAGUCAAGUAAGAAAAAUAUAUGUUCAUAUUAAUUAUAUUUCAAAGACCGUGGUUGUACUCGAUACAUGAUUGAACGAAAUCGGCUCGAUAGAAAAUAUUUGCAAAGAUUGGUCUUAAAAUCACAAUUAAACGGUUUUAUGUCUUUAUUGUUUUGACUUAUGGGUCUGCAAUUUAAAUCACAAUUUCAAAACAUUUAUAUCUAAACCGCUAUUGAGUAAAAUAUUACACUAAUAAUCCACUUUUUUUAUUUAAAUAUUUUUCUUAUUAUUCCCUUGCCCAGGCCCAGUAACAUGCGACAGUGCUAUCUCAUUUACUCCGAUACAAAUAGACAGUGUGCGCGCUUUAGGUAUUGACAGCCUCUUAAAACCCGUAACAAACUAAAUAAAUAAACAAAUUAUCCCGAUCUCCCUAAUUAAGCAAAACCUUUGUUGCUCCCAUCGAAACACAUGAACUGAAACCUGUGUUCCGCCGAGCAUCGCUGAUAGUGAUAACCCAUCGCCAAUACCUUGGGUUAAUUAAAAUUAAAACCUACUUCCUAAGCCGACUUACCCAUGCCUAAGGGAUAACAUCUUAUAACAAACACGACCCAAAACACACCCUUUCACAAAGGCAAUAAAGUUUCAAAUCCCUCGCGACGACAAUAGAACUUGAACGGUAAUUUUCAAUUGUAACUGCGAAGUCGUUCUAAAGCUAAAACUGGCGAACGAAUUUAAUCACCGAAGUAAAGUAAGUUCACUUACACGAAAAAGAAGGUUCUUAUUUGAAUGGCACGCGGAAAGCAGACGGCAUUACUCGAUUAAAGAAUCCUAAUCGAAGCCUGUAGAAUUCGGUGCAUUUUAUCCAUCGACUGAAAUUCAACUUAGUCGCGUUAGUUUUAAAGUUCAAAUUCGCUUGUAAGUCUUUUAGGAAUUUUUAAAAUGGGACUUGCAUUUUAUGUAUGCUUAGCGCUUGGAUAACGGAUUUUUCGAGAAUAUUCGCGAAUUAUGUCGUUAUGAGAUAGCAGUCCCAAUACGCGUUAAGUCAAGUGAAAAAUUGUUUUCGCAUUUAAAUUUGUAAUGUACCUAGUCGUGGAAUUUAAAUUGAUCCUUAAAUUUAUUUUAAGUAGGGGCUUGUUCUGUGAAUUGAGGCUCUCGUUCUCGUAGGACAAUUUCAAUAGGAUGAAAUUGAAAUUAGAUGCCUAAAUCUUUAUUUUACCUUUUUAUGUUCUCAAGCGAAAUCUAUUAAAUAUACUUUCUUAGAAAAACGAUGCCAAAGGCCUCAUAAUUGAUCUGAAUGGCAUUGAAUACUUACAGUAAAUUUAUUUACCUUCUAUUUUUGCCUUGAACGCUUCAAUUGAUAAGUAAACGCUCAUCUCUGAGGACCUAGCCUAGCCUAGUAAGUACAAUCAUUUUAAAGUGUAAGUAAAAGUAAAAAUAUUUCCGUUUUUCCGAAAGUCAGAACUUG